CCGAGUCGUAAACGCGUAAACUUUCGAGUGCUUCAACUUCGCCCUCUGUAUACGGAGCUGAUCAAACCCCUUUGACAUAUUUUCACCGUUGGACUUCCUUUGUCCGAAAUAAAUGGCCAAUCCGCCGGGCAUAUCGCAAUCCGUGUACGAUGAUCUUGUUCGAUACACGAAGUAUUCCUCGGGCGCCUAUCAGAUCCUCUGUCCAAGGCCGAUGGGUAACACGCUGGUGCUGCAGUUCACCGAUGUCCUAACUAGCACACAAGGUUUUGUGGUUCGGGACGAUAAGAGAAAAGAGAUUAUUGUUGCUUUCAGAGGUAGCCAAAAUAUAUCUCAUGUUCUUCUCGAUAGCCAGAUUCUCAUGUCACCCCUAAAUAUUCCCGGUCUUUCUCAAGCAGAUGAUGCUCGAGUUCACAGUGGUUUUCUCUUUGCCUUCAAUUCGGUAGCGUCCACGGUGUUAAAUACAGUUAAAGUUCAAUUCAAUGCCCACCCCGCCUACUCUCUGAUAUCUACAGGCCACUCAUUGGGCGGCUCGUUGGCUUCCAUAGGGGCUAUAUCAAUGAAGUCUAACUUUCCCAACGCUCAUGUCAAACUGUUCACUUUUGGCCAACCUAGAACAGGCAAUGGAGCUUUUGCUACUUUAGUAGAACAUAUACUCUCUCCUUCCAAUAUUUUUCGAGCCGUGCAUACUUUUGACGGCGUCCCUACCAUGCUUUCCCCACAACUAGGUUAUGUCCACCAUGCCACCGAAUACUGGCAAUUUAUAGAACCACCAUCUCCAAAAAAUGUCAAACAAUGCUCAGGGGGAGAAGAUCCAGAUGGAAGUGCGUCUGUCCCAACCACCGGAAUUAACAUUCCUCAUAUGGUUUAUUUCGGUCAAGCCAUAUCACUGGAUCCAACAGUCUGUCUGUAGACUUUUUGUUAUCACCCAUUCCGAGUGACGAUCACGAUCACGACCACAAAUUGAACUCUGAGGGGUCUCACUGAAAGUCGAAGGGCAGUUUUGUUUUAUUGUUCUAGGAUGCGACUUCAUAAUACAUCAUUUUCGCUACCGUAUUGCUUUGAUCACUUUUUCGUAUCGUAGUGAAGUGCUUCCAAUCCACAAGACGACAGAUUUAUGU